AUGGCGAAUCUAAACAGAGAAAUCCGGAUUGCCGUCAUGGGCGCUACCGGUAGUGGUAAAUCCACGUUUAUCAACAAGGCUAGCGGGUCGAACCUUCCCGUCGGUCGCGGCCUCGAGAGCUGCACUAGCGAAGUACGAACUUCACGGCCAUUUGUCGUUAGCGGGCGUAUCGUGACCCUGAUCGAUACGCCCGGCUUUGAUGAUACGAGCCGAAGUGAUACGGACAUUUUGACCAUGAUCGCCGCAUAUCUCUCCAAGACCUACGAGCAUGGCGCCAGGCUUGCUGGCGUCAUUUACAUGCACCGUAUCUCUGACUUCAGGAUGGGUGGCACGUCCAAGCGCAACUUCAAGAUCUUCCGCGAGCUUUGCGGAGAGAGCUCACUCAAAAAUGUUAUCAUCGUGACCAACAUGUGGUCAGAGGUGAAACGUGAGAUUGGCGAAGCUAGAGAGGCUGAACUUGCGAGUAAGGACAAAUUCUUUAAGCCCGUGCUUGAGAAGGGCGCUCGGAUGCUCCGUCACGAUGGCACUCUCGAGUCCGCACAUACUACCCUUCGUUAUCUCAUCAACAACCAAGCCGCUACGCUCCGCAUCCAGCAGGAAAUCGUCAACGAGCACAAGUCCAUCGAAAUGACCGCUGCGGGCGCUGAGCUCAGGCGCGCCCUCGGCGAGCAAGCGGAUAACCACAAAGAGGAGAUCCGUAAUCUCAGAGCAGAGAUGGAAACCGCUAUGCGCGCCAAAGACGAGGAGACACGGAGAGAGCUUCAGGAAGAGCUCGAGAAGAAGCAGGAGGAAUGCUUGCGCAUCGAGCAAAACUCUCAGCGCAUGGCUGCCGAGUUCGCUGCUGAGCGCGAGCGCCUCGAGGCUCUGAUUAUGCAGAUGGAAUCCGAGCAGCAGAAGCAACUCCAGACGAUGGAGAGCCUUCAAGGCGAGGUCGCCAAAGUCCUGAUUGAGAAAGAGGAACAGGAAACUCUGCAUGCUCAAAGAAAGAGCGAGAUUCUUGCUGCCAAGCAGGCAGAGGACAAACGGCGCGCUCGUGAGUUGGAAGAAGAACGCAAGGUUAGAUUGCUAGCGGAAGAAAGUCACCAGAAGCAUCUCCAAAGUCUUCUGGAGGAUAUGGAGAAGGCACGCAUCGCAAAAGAGAUUGCCGAUAUUGCUCACGCCGAAGAAGUCAAGCGAGAGCGGGACAGGCUGGCAGCACUAGAGGCUGAGCAGCAGCGACAGAAGUCCGCCAUGGAAGCCGCGGAAAGGGAACGUGCUCGAGAGGAAGCGGAACGAGUACGUUUGCAAGAAGAAUUUGCGCAGAGAGAGAAAGAAUUAGAGGAAGUCAAGGCGUCCCACGCAGAAAAAGAGGCCGAGAGUAUCGCAGCGAAGCAGGCGGUCGAAGGUGCCCGAAUCCGUCUCCUUGAACAGCAACAACUAGCACGACAACGCGAAGAAGAGCUUGCUCAACUGCAACGGGAGAUGGAAGAGGCGCACGCCGCCCGAGAGCGCGAAGCUGCAUUGGCUAGGCAGGCCAAAGAAGAUGCACGCGUACAACUGCUCGCAGAAAAGCAUGAAGCCAAACUUCGCGAGGAAGAAGAUCACAGGAAACGGCUCGAAGACGAGCUCCUGCGUGCUCGGCUGGAGAUGGAAGAGGCUGCAAAAGCCGAAGAGACACGCAAGCAGGAGGAGGCUGCCGCUGCCAAGAAAGUUGAAGAAGAAACCCAGUCGCGUCUCGUGGAGCUACAAAAGUUGGCCAAGCAUCGCGAGGAGGAACAACGGAAGGCAGCGGAGCAAGAAGUCGUACGAGCACGCAAAGAACUGGAGGAGGCGCAUGCAAAGGCAGAACGCGAAGCCGCUGCUGCCAAGGAGGCGCAAGAAUUAGAGCGCACAAGACUUCUUGAAGAACAGAAGAAACGGGAAGAGGAGCACCGAAGGCAAACGGAGGAAGAACUUGCUCGGCUGAGACAGCUAGUUGCUCAAUCGGAAGAGCAGAGCGCAAGCAUAGCAGAACAAGCGCGUCAGAGAGAAGCAACAGAAAAGAAGAAGAGUCAGCAGCUCGAGGAGGAGCUGGCGAAGGCGCGCGAGCGGGCUCAGCUGGCAAAGCUAGACUACGAAAGAAGAUUGACUGACGUCGAGGAGCAAGGUUCACUCGAACAUAGCUUGCCCCAGCCAGGUAUUCUGAUGCCGAAUUUGCCGUUCGUGGUAUGGAAGGCAGCUAUGACGUGGUGGGGAACGACGAAGAUGAGGAAGUGA